AUGGCAGGAAUUUUUGGCACAGAGAAGGCAUUUGAUCAGGCUUGCACCGAUAACCUCAGGAAGAAUGCUUCCAAUGCAGCUCUCAAGAUCUUGGCUUUCUAUGGUAUGGUCAUCAUCUGCAACCUCUUUCACCAUCUCCUCAGGCCCUGGUCUCAACCUCACAUCACAUCCGACAUCGUCAUAGGACUUGUCACAGGAAACAUUGGGCCGAUCAAGAAAUGGCUCGUUACGGUGCCUGACGCGUUGAAUUCCAUUAUCUACUUCGGGAUGAUUUGUUACAUGUUCGUUCUCGGCCUGGAAAUGGACCCUUACGUCCUCUUCAGAUGGCCAACACGAGCCGCCAAAGUUGCCUACGCUGGAAUGAUAUCGACCUUCAUAUUAGCGAGCACCAUCACUCCCUUCCUCCGUUUCUUCACGUCCCCGAGCAUAAUGCGGACUCUUUCCCUGUCCGCAGCUCUCUGCGGGACCGCCUCCCCGGUGCUCACCCGGAUAAUCACGAGCCAGAAGAUCGGGAAAUCUGACAUUGGGCAGCUCGUGAUUGCCGCAGGGAUGCACUCAGAUUUCGUCUCGACCCUUGUGAUCUCCGUGGGCUAUGUUGCCUUCAAUGAGUCCUCAGGCGGGUCCGAGUCAGCUCGAAUCAAGAAUGCCGUAACUCAGGGGGUCGCACUGUUCAUCCAGUCAGUGAUCACAGCUUUGGUAUCGCCAUUUUUCCUGAACUGGGUCAAUAAUGAGAACCCGGAAGGGAAGCCCCUGAAGGGCUCGCACCUCGUCCUUUCAGUGGCUUUCAUGGUUCUCGUCUGCAGCUGCUCGACCAUAUCGGGUUACAGCCCCAUCCUUAGCGCGUUCAUGGCAGGCAUCUUCUUGCCACGGGAAGGAAGGGUAUCGAAAUGGGCGCUCGGGAAGAUAAACUAUCUCUUGUCCACUAUUUUCUACCCGAUAUUCUUCUUCUGGAUGGGGUACCAGGCCAACUUUGGAGAAUUCGAGCCAGGGCAUUUGCUGACUUGGGUAAGGUUACUGGUGCUCCUAGUGAUAGCAACAGCAGGCAAAGUUGCGGGAAUAUUAAUUUCCGGCGCAAUCCUCGGGUUCCAUUGGCCUGAAUCUAUUAUGAUAGGGUUGCUUCUCACCGUCAAGGGCCACUUCCAUAUAUUCUUGGCUGUUAUCGCAAAGCUGACUGGAAAAGCCUCAACCUCUGGGAGCAUCGCGAUAAUCAUCAUAACCUUCUUGACGGCUCUUCAAGCCCCUUUUGUCGUGUCGAACAUUAUAGAGCGAGCAAGGAAGCGAUCACCCACUCACAGGAUGGCACUUCAGUGGCUUGACCCAAUGAACGAGCUCAGGAUGCUCCUGUGUGUCCAUGGGCCCCAAAAUGUAGCUUCCACCAUUAACUUCAUGGAGAUUUCCAGAGGAACGGCUGAUCCUGGCAUCGUGGUCUACGUCACGGAUAUGGUCGAGCUGACAGACCAGAUAGCGGCCACGAUGGUGCAGGGUGACGCUGACAAUGCCACCAUAACUGACAAGGCCGUGACAGAGAUGAGGGACCAGAUAACUUCCGCGGUCCAAGCUUAUGCUAACGAGAAUGGUGAUGGGAUCACUCUCAGAAGGACGCUAGCUCUCUCUUCCUUCAGCAUGAUGCCCCGAGAUAUCAGCAAUUUGGCAGAGGAUUUGUUAAUUUCCCUGAUCGUAUUGCCGUUUCAUAAGACCCAGCAACCGGAUGGAACAUUCGAUGGGGGCCAUCCCGGCUUCAGGUUCGUGAAUCGUAAGGUCCUUAGGCAUGCCCCGUGCUCCGUGGGAAUUCUCGUAGAUCGAGGGUUCGGGAUGAUGAAAAAGUCGUCAGGAUCGUACCUGACCCUUAACGUGGCUGUGAUCUUCAUUGGUGGCAAAGAUGAUCGAGAGGCCCUGGCUUAUGCCGGUAGAGUGGCGAGACAUCCUGGGGUGAAGCUAACAGUCAUAAGGUUCCUAGUGGAGACCACCGUAGAGAAUUCCUCCAGGAGGACCAGCAACUUUCGGUACAGUCUCGCGGAGCAGGAACAGGAGAUGAAGCUCGAUGACGAGUGCUUUGCGAAUUUCUAUGAGAAAUACGUGGCCGGUGGGCCUGUGGCUUACGUGGAGAGGCAUCUCGCCAAUUCGGCGGAGACGUUUGCCACUCUCAAGUCCAUGGAGGGACAGUACUCAUUGAUCAUCGUGGGUAGGGGCGGGAGGGUGAAUUCCACGCUGACAUUUGGGAUGAAUGAUCUGGAGCAGUGCCCAGAGCUCGGUCCAAUAGGAGACGUCCUCUCGGGGACAGAUUUCUCGAUAACCACCUCGGUUUUGAUCAUACAGCAACCGAGCCUUAGAGGGGAGCUCGAUGGCCUAGACGAAGAUUUCUCCAUCAUGUAAAUAUCGUCCACUAUUAGACACUGUAGCUCAUAGCUCCCUGUAUCAUUAACAAGCUAGGAACGAGAUUAACAGCUUGUAGAGGGACUAGAAAGGUAGACAGAGUAGACAGAGAACUGAUACUCACAGGUAGGAGAAAGAACAGACUUUGAUAAAAGAUUAGACUAGUGAAACUAUAGAUGUAGAUCAGACGAUAUCGGACGGGGACCAUUUUCUGUUUGUAUCAAUAGAAUGCUGUCUAUUGUUUCAUUUCUCCGAGUUCCAACUACCAAGGACUGUUUAGAUCACAUGAUUCCAGAAGACAAUCAUCCAAAGUCGG